AUGAAUACUUAAAGUGCAAUUAUAGUUUUCAUCUUAUUAAGCAUUGGUUCUUGCUUUUAAAAGUCAAUAUUGAUAACUAGACAUGGUGCUAGAUCUCCAAAAGUAUAUACAGAAAUUGAUAGUACUUAUUAUUGGACAAGUUAACCAGAAGAUUUAACUGAAAUAGGAUUAUAAUAACAUAUGUCAUUAGGGUAGAGUAAAAAUGGGUUCUCUAUUACAGAUAUGAAUGGGAAUUGCAUUUAUGAAAAUUUAGAAAUUUAAGCAUCUACAACAUAAAGAGUUAUGAUGUCUACUAUUGGAUUCUUAAAAGGGUUGUGUCCUAACAAUUAUGAAGUGAUAAUAAAAAGAUUUUUCGUUGAAUAUUAUGCUUAAUAUUCUACAAACAUAGAGGCAUGGAAUCAAAUUAUGUCUUCAGAUUUCAAAAAUCCAUUAGAAUUAGAACUUCAUUAUUUUGAAAGACCUAAUGAUUUUUUGUUUCAUGGACACAAGAAAACCGUAUGUCCUGCUAUUAAGGAUUUAAAAAAAAAGAUUGAAGCCAGUGAAUAUUUUAAAAUGAAAGAAGAAGAAUUCAAAAACAGACAAGAAUUUGAUGAAGUAUUUGAUAUCAUCAAGGCUGCCUAUCCAAGUAAAACUUUUAAAAAGAAGUCCAUAACUUUAUCUGAUAUUGAAGAUAUUUUUGAUGAUUAUUAAAGUAACCACAUCUAAGGAUUCCUAUUUCCUAAUCCAUCAGAAUCAGCAAUUAAUUAUAUGCAAGAAGUAGUUAAGUUUAUUAGAUAUUAUGAAGAUAAUUGUGAUUCUUUGGAACAUUUUGCUUAAUUAACUGAACCAUUUAAAUGGAUAAUCUCUUAAUUAUAUUCAAAUACACCACUUAGUUGGUAUUCUGGACAUGAUACUAAUUAAGUGGCAAUCUUAUCUGCAAUUUCAGAUUUUUAACCUAUAAUUCCAUUUGCAUCAUAAUUAGAAAUUAUUGUAAAAAAUGAAACAGUUAUGGUCUUUUAUAAUAGAAUACAAAUUUAAACGAAAUUCUGUUCUGAUGGAUAUUUUUGUAGUAGAGAUUAAGCAGUUAAUUAUUUAAUGUAAUUCAUACAUCCAAAUCUUAAUUAGCUUUGUGGUUUAGAAUUAAUUUAUUGA